AUGGAGCCACCUGGAAGCUUAUGGUUCAGGGUUAGCAGACAGACCAAUGUGGGAAAUGUUGCUGUGGGUGUCUGCUACAAACCACCUGAUCAGGAAGAAGGUGAGGUUGCAGUGCAAACUGGAGAUCUGUUGCCAUGUAGGAUUUGUGGAAGGACUUUCUUUCCAGCAGCACUGAAAAAGCAUGGACCCAUUUGCCAAAAAACUUCUGCCAAGAAACGGAAGACAUUCGAUUCCAGCCGACAGAGAGCAGAAGGAACUGACAUUCCCACAGUAAAACCUCUUAAGCCACGGCCAGAACCACCCAAAAAACCUUCCAAUUGGAGACGAAAGCACGAGGAAUUUAUAGCAACUAUACGAGCAGCCAAAGGACUUAAUCUUAAAGACGGUGGAAAACUCCCUCCACCACCUCCGCCAUCAUAUGACCCUGAUUACAUUCAGUGUCCAUAUUGUCAGAGGAGAUUUAAUGAAAACGCAGCUGACAGACACAUCAAUUUCUGUAAGGAACAAGCAGCACGUAUUACUAAUAAGGGGAAAUUGGCAGCUGAUACCAAAGGGAAGCUUCCUACUCGAACACAGUAUAAACCUGCUGCAGUUAAGAAGAUGCCUUCUGUAGGAUCAACACCAUCGUCAUCAUCACGCUUACCACAGCCAAGUGGUGUUAGCAAAACUGUUGUAGGUGCCUCUUCAAGUAAAGCAUUACCUUCGUCUGGAUCCAGUGGGAGCAAAAUUCAGACAUUAUCACCAGCUCAUAAAAACUCGUUGGGAAUGGUGAACCCACAAGCAGGUAAGAUGGACAAGUUAGGCCCACCACUGCGAACUGGAAGAGAUGUGCAAAGGUUUUAUGACACUGAUACAAAAACAGACAGUACCAUCAAAAGACCAAAUGAGUUGUUGCCUGUAAAGAAAGGCACAACAAAAACGCGGACAUCAACCCCGCCUAGUGUGGCAAGAACCAUGAGCACGGGUGCUCUAACGAACAAAAGAAAAACUAGCAAUUCAGACAGCUACUCAAGGUCGUAUGACAGUGGAGACUACCCAUCCUCAGUCAAUGGAGGAAGUUCAAAAAGCAGCGAAGGAAAUUCACCUGUACAGUUAUCAAAGUUCUGCCAUGAAUGUGGAACAAAGUAUCCGGUGGAAUGGGCAAAGUUUUGCUGUGAGUGUGGAAUUCGAAGAAUGGUCGUGUGA